UCUGUUGACAGACAAAUAUUUUCAAGACUCAUUCUGAAUUGUUUGAGAAAACCUUCGGAAACACUCUUGGUCAUGGCCAUGUGGCUAUGGCUAGAAGAAAUAGGAUACCCCAAUAUCGUGGCAAAAAUCUUGAUACUCCCAGACUCCAUAGUGAAUGCCAUAGCCAAUGAAGCUGUUCUCUGUUUGAAGUGUCUUUCUUCUGAUUCUCCUCCUCCUUGUUUGCCCUCUGGCAAUCUUCCUCUCUCUUCAAGAGCCACGGAAAUGGAGAUUUCUCUGCAGAUGUUUUUCCAAAAUAAGUUCACUGCAAUAAGUGGGAUAAAAAAGUUUCUGAACAGUGUGUGUUCUUGGGCUUUUACUGACAUUUUAGUGCAGGUUUUGCCUUCUGCCUCGCAGGUCCUCCUGAACCAACCUGUUGCUGUCCCGGGUUUCCCGCAUCCGUUGUUUGGCAAUGUCACCAUUGUGCUACGAUCUUUGGAUUAUUCCUUUCCCAUAGGAGGUUUACAUGGGUGGAACCCAACUACUGAGGCUCCGGUGGAUGACAGAACUAUGUUCUUGACUUUCUCAAGAGGUAACAAAGUUAGUGAGAGUGAUGUGAGGGAGCUUUUUACAGGACUGUUUGGAGAUUGUGUUGACAGUGUGAAUAUGGAAGAGGUCUCUAGAAACAGACAGCCAUUGUUUGCUCGAUUGGUUCUGCGAUCUGUCUCCACUGUUGAUCGUAUUUUGAAUGGGAGCUCCAUAGCGAAAUUUACUAUCAACUCCAAGCACGUUUGGGCUAGAAAGUAUGAGCGCAGAGAGUAG